UGAAAAACUCAUUCUCGCAAAUGGAAACAAUUCGAUUGCCAAUACGAGACGUUCUCUUGUAACAAUGGUAGUAUUGUUUUUGGACCUGCUUCAGUGAAAAUAAUCCCAAAUUGAAAUGGCACAGAAAGAGAUAACUUUUCGAUGCAAUCGAUUUUAAAUGAAGUACAUGGAUCACCAGUAUAAUCGUCAUUGAAAUCAUAAAUUGCUGUCGUUGGAAAGGAAUACAAAAAAUCGGUUUAUAGAACAUUAUAGGAAGGAAAAGAACACUAUGUCUAAUAAGACAAUAACUGAUGUUGAGAUCCACAUCGGGGCCGCUGAUGAGCUCCUUCGCGAUCUCGAUGAGGCAAUCGAUGGUACAAAGUCCGAACCCCGCUCCGUGGAUCGUGAUCGACGAGUGAAGAGGAGAUCGUUUGGACAACGUAGCGUGGGCGCCUCGGACUCUGGCGUGAGCUCCGGGAGUGAAAGCGUGCACGAAGUCGACUAUGAGGAAAGAAAAUCACUGCUGAAAUAUGUGGAGGACCACGUGGUUGGAAGAGAUACGUGGGCAGCAGGACCAUUCGGUGAAAGACAAAUUGUGUAUUGUGAUUACACUGCCUCGGGCAGACCUCUUUCGUUUCUAGAAGAUUAUAUCACGAAACACGUUCAACCACUUUAUGCCAAUACCCACACUACUACUGGUAUCAUGGCAAGACAAACCACACGAUUCAGGAAAGAAGCAAGGGACAUCAUCAAGAAGUGUGUGAACGCCACGGAUGAUGAUGCGCUCAUCUUUACUGGUAGCGGGACCACUGGGGCUGUCAAUAAAUUGGUCUCCGCCCUUAUGCUUACAGGUGAAAGAGCAAAAAAGGCGGUAGUGUUUAUUGGGCCUUACGAACAUCACUCCAACAUUUUACCUUGGAAGGAAUCUGGUGCCAAGAUCGUACGAAUUCGUGAUGACGAGCAUGGAAUGGUGAAUUUGAAGUUACUGGAAGAAUCACUGAAAACCCAUCAAAGGAAAGGACGGCUUCUGAUUGGUUGUUUUUCAGCAGCGUCUAACGUCACAGGGAUCAUCUGCAAGACUGACCCUGUGGUGGCGCUCUUGCACAAAUAUGGCGCCUUAUCAUUUUGGGAUUAUGCUACAGCUGGUCCUUAUCUCAAGAUUGACAUGAAUCCAUCAAACACAGGGAUCACGGGAGACUGCAGAAAAGACGCUGUCUAUCUAUCUCCUCACAAGUUUGUUGGUGGAGUUGGCACACCAGGCAUUCUAAUCGCGAAGAAGAAGCUGUUCCUCAAUACAGUACCUCAUUCAGUCGGCGGUGGCACGGUUUUAUAUGUAACACGAGACACACACCACUAUCUUGAAAAUAUUGAAGAUCGUGAAGAAGGAGGAACACCAGCUAUUGUAGAGUCCAUUCGAGCAGGUUUAACCUUUAAAUUAAAGAACAGCAUCGGGACGGACAUCAUAGGAGAAAGAGAAAGAGAACUUACUUCAACUGCCUUCUCAAGAUGGAAGAGAAAUGGAAACAUCAUCUUUCUUGGAAGCACAAAGACCGAUCGACUGCCAAUAUUCUCCUUCCUCAUCAUUCAUCCAAAGACUGGAAAGAUGCUUCAUCAUAACUUCAUCGCUGUCCUCCUCAACGACCUCUACGGCAUACAGGCUAGAGGAGGAUGCGCAUGCGCAGGACCUUAUUCCCAGGAUCUAUUAGGCAUCAACGAGGACCUUGCUGCUAAGUUUGUAUAUUUCUUAAAGGAUGAUAGUGAGUUGAAGAAGAUGGGUUCCAAACAAUUCAUUGAGAGGCUCAAGAAAACAACAGCACCGCUAGAAAUUAUGAAGCCUGGGUUUAUACGUCUCAACCUUCCCUAUUUCUUUUCUGAAGACGUUGUGGAAUAUGUUCUUGAAGCGGUUGAUACAAUCGGCAAACAUGGAUGGAAGAUGCUCUCUCAGUACACCUGUGAUCCUGUGAGUGGUAGUUGGACGUAUGUUGGUGCCGAGGAGUCCGGUACGAUAUCACAUCACACGGAGAGCCUUCACGAUGCUGUAUUCAGCCAAGGGAGUUUUAUUGUCCCUCCUUCUCAUUUCAUUAAUGGAAGACAAACCCUUCAAACAGAUGCAUUCCAGAAUGCUUUAGCAGAAGCUGACAGACUCUUUCAGAAGGUUGGGUAUAAAAAGGAGUUUUCACCUGUUGCUCUGCGUGAUACGGUUGGUGAGGGCGUAGGAGAUGCAGAUCUUAUCUGGUUCUUGAGACCACAUGAAGCUGCCUAUCACAUUCAAUUUCCGGACGCGGAUUACGCAGUUACACGCCCACCAACAGCAGCUGACCACGUGGACAGUGGAAUAAGCCAAUCACGACCAACGACGGCACCAGACGCCAGAAGGCUGAUGGGCAAAGCACCAUUUGUACCCAAGAAAUACGCGAGAGGUAUUCAGCGUAGGUCAAGAAGUGCCAAGGUACAUGAUGUUGAAAAUUCCAACAUGGUUCAGCAUACGUGUGCCAUACUUUGAAUAUGAACUUCAUUAAAAAUAAUUAUGGCCCGUAUUCUGAAGUCUGAGUUAACUUAUCCAAUGUGUUAUGGGAAGGAAAAAAAAACCUCCCAAUCGCAUUAACAUUAUUAUGUUACCUAUCUUUAUUAACCCUUUCCCCAUGUUAUAAUAAUGAAGAUAACUAUUUUGGUAAUAAUGUCCUGUGAGUUUUAAAUGAUUUGAGUAUUAAAUGAGCUGACAAACUGAACUUGCAUACUGUUAUAGAUACCAGUCAUAAGUGGCUAUGCACAGUUAAACCACAUUUUAUAAACCAGAGUUUGAAUAAAACCCAAGUUUGUUACUGCACUGACGAAAUUAUACCAACAAAAAUUGCAAUGCAGGUUUUCCUCCGAAGUUUUGUUGACGUUUUCAUAUUUUUUGUUGA